AACAAAUGGAUACUUGGGAGUUACUCCCCCGAUUUCUACCGCCCCAUCUAGUGAGAGAGAAAAGGAGGUGACGGUAACGCUAAUGGAAGAGCUAAGACGACAAGGAACGUUUGAAAGCGAAGAGGAGGCACGGCUUAGGGAAAUUGUGCUGGGCCGCCUGGCCGCGCUGGUGCGCAAGUUCGUCAAGCACGUAUCGCUGGACCGCGGGCUGUCGGAAGCCGCCGCGGAGGCGGCGGGCGGCAAGAUAUUCACCUUUGGGUCGUACCGAUUGGGCGUGCACGGGCCCGGUAGCGAUAUCGAUACCUUAUGCGUUGUACCGAAACAUGUAUCCCGCGAAGACUUUUUUGAUGUCUUCGAGAAAAUGCUACGAGAGACGGAGGGGGUCACAGAGGUCUCCGGCGUACCGGAGGCGUUCGUGCCCAUCAUUAAGAUAAAGAUUUCGGGCAUUCCGAUCGAUCUGCUGAUGGCGCGCCUCGCGCUGUCGUCGAUACCGGACGACCUCUCGUUAGCGGACGACCAACUCCUGCGGAAUUUGGACGAGCGGUGCAUUCGAAGUUUGAACGGGUCGAGAGUGACGGACGAGAUCUUGCGCCUGGUCCCGAAUGUGGCUGUCUUCCGAGAUUCGCUGCGGUGUAUCAAGCUGUGGGCUCAACGAAGAGCUAUCUAUUCGAACGUAAAUGGCUUCCUCGGUGGUGUCGCGUGGGCUAUGCUGGUCGCUCGCAUAUGUCAAUUAUACCCGAACGCAAUCGCGGGUGCCAUCGUCAGCCGAUUUUUCAUCAUUAUGUACCAAUGGUCAUGGCCACAACCUGUUCUCCUGAAGCAAAUUGAAGACGGACCGUUGAAUGUCCGAGUGUGGAAUCCCAAGUUAUAUCCUGCCGACCGAUCACAUCGAAUGCCCAUCAUCACUCCCGCCUACCCCUCAAUGUGCGCGACGCACAACGUCACUGCUUCGACGCAGAUGAUCAUAACAGAGGAGUUCAAGAAAGGUGCCGACAUUGUCGACAAAGUGAUCGUCGGCAGUGCGAGUUGGUCAGAACUGUUCGCCAAACACGACUUUUUCCAUAAAUACCGGUAUUACUUGCAGGUGAUCGCAUCCACCGCGAGCCAGGACUUGCAGAUCAAAUGGGCUGGUACAGUUGAGUCACGGCUACGGCAGUUAGUCAUGAAGCUGGAGUUCGUCGAUUCCUUGACGCUUGCGCACCCUUUCAUCAAAGGAUUUGAGCAAGUCUCGUACUGUCUGUCUGAAGAAGAGGUACGUGCAGUUGCUCAGGGUGAGAUAUCGGAGGCCAUCAGGAAGCGCAAGAAAGAAGAUAUAGAAGGCAAGGAGGGUGCCAGUACAGUCUACUCUACGACUUUCUACAUUGGACUGGCCAUCGAACCCAAGCAACCUGGCACCGUCGGACCUCGCAAACUAGAUAUAUCGUAUCCCACCACAGAAUUUGUCAAACUUGUCAAAAUGUGGGAAAAGUUCGACGAGACGAAGAUGGGCAUCGUCGUACGACAUCUGAAAAGCUCUGCAUUACCGGAUUACGUAUUCGAUGAUGGCGAGCGGCAACCCCGCUCCGCCCAGAAGCGACCCAAGCCGACAAAGACUUCCGGUAAAUCCCAUGGAACGUCCCCAGAUAUGCCCAAGAGCAAGAAGCGCCGGUCAUCCUUCACUUCUGAGAAUACCGCUGCAGCUGUGGCAGUACCAGGACUGGUCAAGCCGGCUGAAAAUGGUCUUUCUGCAUCCGGGAUGACGACGUCGCAUGUUCCUACGAUAACACCCCCUGGUCUUUCCAUCAAGGAUCCCGCGGACAUCAAAUCACCGCAGCUGCCCUUCGGCGAAAAUGUGGCUGUAGCAACAAAUCCAACGGCUGUAUAGCGACCUCGGUAACCUCUGUCCCUGCAUUCUUGUGUGGAGGCGAAGUAUUCUCUUCUGCUUGGCUACCCCUAAUAGACCCGCUCCGGCCUCCCGUGCCAUAUUUUAUCUUAAAGUCGGCGUUUCCAAUCAUGUUGGUUAACUCUUGUUUUCCUUGAUAACUCCACAGGGACCUCUCUUGAACCGGAACCUUUCUAGUUCUGUUACGGUCAGACCUCCUUUGAGGGGUGAAUCGAUCUCAGUAUCGCUUUCGACUGCGCAUUUUCGGCAUCAUGGUUCUACCUGUAUUGUACAAGCACUGUACUGUACUCACAAUAUCAUAUGAAUUUUC